AUGGUCUGGCUUUACAUCGUCUCUAAGAUUUUCGAAUUGGUGCUGCUUGCCAUGACCAACAAGGCCAGGGGACAGAUUCGUUGGGCCAUGCUGCCCAUCGAGUUCAUGGCGGGAGCUCUAAGUUUCUCCAACGCUUACUCGGACAUAAUCUCUAUUGUGGUUGCCCGCGCGUGUCUGCAAGAGGCUUGGUGGGGCGCAAUGAUGGUCGUCUUCACGCUCGGAGUUGUGGUAUUUCACUGGAUGUUUUUGGUUGUGUUGUCACUGCGUUUGGACAGAAGCAACAAGUGUCUGUACAAGAUUUUGCACAUGAGUGUGCUUGCAGGUGGCCUCCAGCUUCACCCCGAAGACACGAAGGCCUGGUACUUGUGGACGGCCAUCUGCUGGAGCCAGAUCAUUGUACAAGAUCUUAUGAUGGGCGGCCUGCAGAUCUGGUUUUGGAUGCGCGUUGAGCACAACGGCUCGUUUGGGAAAGCGAUUAUGUUCACGGUGGCCUCGUUUCUUCUCUCCGUCCGCGCUGCUGUCGAUCCCACGGUAGCCUUCGGACCACAGGAGCUUCAGCAGCUUCUGGCAAUAGCGAAACUCCAGCACUACAUGGCGCAGAGCAUUGAGGAUUACGACAAAGGGCAGAUGAGAAUUCUCCUCGAGGAGGCCUCUGGGAUCCGCUUGCUCCAGGAGUCUCAAACCUUGGAGAAGGCGAAGAGGUUCAAAUGUGAGCAGGAACUCCAGAUCCAAGAGGGCAGCACUGUGGGGGCAUAUUUCCCUGUGUACCCAGAGGGGAGAUCGUCCAGGCCAUAUCCAGCCAAGGUCGAACGGAUCAACUAUAGCGCGUUUACCGUGAGGCUGAAAUUAGAGGGUGAUUGUGCCGAGGAGGGGGUAUCAAGGGAAUCUGUAGAUGUGGAUCGGCGAUAUAUUGUUGAGGAUCGCGACCUUACAGCGGCUUUGAUCGGCCUCGGUAUCUUAAAGGAGAGUGACCCCACGUCGAUGCACUGGGCUGACGAGUUGCCUCCUUGGGAAUGCCAGGUGAUGAAGUCUCUCCACGGUUGCCAGCGGAACGCACUCAAACGUGUGAGAGAUUCCGCAGAGAGCCUCCACAGGAUUGAAUUGGGCAAUUUGCGGGAGAGGUGCAGGAGGCUAGACAUCGACAGGGACGGCCUGGAGCAAAUAUUCGAGUGGGUGUUGUGGGACGCUCCCAUUAUCAUCCACAUUGACCUCGACACAGUGGGGCGCUACCUCAUGGUGGACUCCUACUACCGGAACCAGUUCGAGACUGGAACGUCUAAAGGUCUCAACAUUCUACCUAUUAGGGAGGGGUGGGAAGAGAAACUCUUCGGGGAAUGUUACAAGGACGCCCUACCAUUCGAGCGGCCGAAGUACGGGGUUCUUGACAUCAUGAACGACCCUGAAGGAGUUGCGGCCGCAAAGGGUAUGUAUGGCAGGUCUUAUGCAAUCCUCAAGCAGGCGAGGUUCAGAUGCACCCUAACACCGCGAGACAGUGGUCAAUCGAGUGUUGGGUUUGAGCACACUGGCACUUUAGACAUGUGUGCACAUGUGCUGAUGGAAUUCAGCGAUGAAGAGCUUCGGGAGGUCCACCGUGUAGCAACGGCUGAAGACUCCCGUCGUCGCAUUGGGGAUUCCCGUCAGAUCGAGGGCUUCAAUUACAAAGAGCUGCAACUGCAUGGGGAGCUGGAUCUUAAGAAACACGUGAAGCGUUUGGUGGUCGAUCCCCAGCACCUCGUGUACGGUUUGUGUAACGCCCCCGACGGCGAGCAGAAGUUGGAUCAGGCAGCUAUUGAGCGGCUCUGCCAGGAGCAUGGUUGGGAGCUUUCGUACAUUGGUGACCCGGACAAAGCUAGAGAUGCCGGCUUUAGCGAGAGCAAGUUCAGGUGGGAGAAGGACAUCCGCAUGGAGCACAGAUGGCGCACUUGUCCAACGAAUGAGGAUAAUUUGGCCCGGAGCAGGUCCAAAACCAGCCAUGAGGGCAUGAAGUCCGUCAUGAUGCGGCUGACGCGCGGUGGACAACCCGAUGGUCGUGAUGCAGGCACGCCCAGUGCUCGGGUAGGCACGCUCCGUGCAGCGACGCCGGAAUAG